UUAUGUAAAAGAGAAAAAAAAUCAUAUACCCUUUUUGUUAUUGUUGUUGUUGUGUUUUCUUCUUAUUUACAGACCUCCUUUAUUGAUGAUGGUCUUGGUCAGUUUCUCCUUUUUCUCUUCUGCAAACAACUGCACCAACUAGACCUUCUUUUUCAACUUUGAUUAUUUAUUUUUGAAUCCUUAAAGAAAAAGGUGAAGCUGAAAAGUCAGUUAUGUCAGGUUUGUAUAAUCAGAAUUUCUCUCAUGCUAGAGCUGCUUCUCCUCAGAUUAGAGCCAACUCAGAAGUUGACAGUCAGUAUCUAUCAGAGUUGCUGGCAGAACAUCAGAAGCUUGGGCCUUUUCUGCAAGUGCUUCCUAUAUGCAGUCGUCUUUUGAAUCAAGAAAUAUUGAGAGUUUCUGGAAUGUUGUCCAACCAAGGUUUUGGCGACUUUGAUAGACUGCAGCAUAGAAGUCCUAGUCCUAUGGCUUCUUCAAACCUCAUGUCUAAUGUCUCUGCGACAGGAAUUGGUGCUUGGAAUAGUCUUCAGCAAGAGCAGAGAAUAAUUGGACCCCCUGGAAUGAAUAUGGACUGGCAAGGUACACCUGCAAGUCCUAGUUCAUUCACUGUGAAGAGAAUAUUGCGCUUGGAAAUUCCAGUAGAUACAUUCCCCAAUUUUAAUUUUGUUGGAAGACUUCUGGGACCAAGAGGCAAUUCUUUGAAACGGGUUGAAGCUACUACUGGUUGUCGCGUGUAUAUUAGAGGAAAAGGAUCGAUAAAAGAUCCCGACAAGGAAGAAAAAUUACGAGGAAGACCAGGCUAUGAGCAUCUCAAUGAGCCUCUACACAUAUUGAUCGAGGCUGAUUUAGCUGCUAAUGUUGUUGACUUAAGGCUCAGACAGGCUCAAGAAAUCAUAGAAGAAUUACUCAAACCUGUGGAUGAGUCGCAAGACUUUAUUAAGAGGCAGCAGUUGCGGGAAUUAGCUCUUCUGAAUUCAAAUUUCAGAGAAGAGAGUCCAGGGCCAAGUGGCAGUGUGUCCCCAUUCAAUUCAAGUGGAAUGAAACGUGCAAAACCGGGUCGUUAAUAUAUGUCCUUGAUGGUGUAUAUGAAUGUUGUGGUCCUCCAGCUAUUGAUUGCUGAUAAUAUCUUCCAGCACAUGUAUCAUUCAAUGCAGCUAUGAAAAGAAAGAAUAGGCUAACAAUUCUUGCUGGUUAGCAUUCUGGUGGUUUUUUUCCUUGAACAGAAACGCGACGAAGCUUGAAUGAAGAAUUUCUAAAUGAGAAAAUUUUAUAUAGUUGGGUAUUGAAAAUAGGUUUUGUUCAAAUCAACCUUUUUUUUUUCUUUCUUUCUUCCUUUUAAACUCAAUACAUUCAUUGGAUUUAUUCUUGAGUCAGUUACUUUUGAGAAGUGUGGAAUAUAUAUUUAUAUAUAUACAUAUGGUGGUGGUGAUGAUGAUGGUGAAGUUUUAGGCCUUAAGAUGGUGGAGUGUUGUUGGCAUGUGUCAUGUGUCAUGUGUCAAAGUGUCAUGGUAUUUUAAUAUUUAUGUAAUUUAUAGCAUAGGCUGGAUUCUUUUUAGUUGUUUGUUACAAGAAUUUGUAUGCUCUUUCAAAGAGAUAUGCAUUGUAGUUGGAGUGAUGCAUAUCAGAUGAACACCUUACCAUGUACCAAAGGAAACAAAGUUGUAUUUUGUUUGUAUACAAUGGUACUAUAAAUGUUCUGCAAA